AAAAAAGAGAAUAGAACCUAACAGCCAGAUGGUUGCCUCGCCCCAAGCGGAUCUAGCUAUCAUUAGUGUUUUCAUGCAUUUUUAAAUAUGUUGAUGAGUGAAAAUGUACAUCUUCGGAUAUAAAUAAUGCAUGCAUUCCUCCAUACACAACUACAUCUAAAACAUAUGAGCCAAGGUAACCAGAUCAGUCCCUUCUCUCCCCGUAUAACGGCGAUCGAGUUAGUAAACAUGCAAAUUGAGUGUCUGAAUAUGAACCUCCAGUUAAGACAGAGCGGAGCCCCCCUUGGCUGCUGGUGAGAGACCUCGCCAAUGUAUACCAGAUGAGGCCCAAAGAUCACCCCUCCUCCGUCAAAGAAACAUUUGUAAACAGAGUCGCCCCACCCCUGUAGCAUUCUCCCCGAGUUCCUCGCAUGCCUUGCGGGGAAGUUUCUCCUUACCGCGCUCCAUACUAGUUGCCAAUUCGGAGAAUUGCUUGAGUCUAACUGGAACUGGGUCGUUUUCCCCUGGAAACUGAAAUCAACUAGAAAAAAAGGCCUUCCUGCUUCACUCAGAUGAAAUACCAACCGCAGCUUUGAUCAAAUAAUCUCUUGUCAAACUGUCUACUGUGAUUGGCCGGAGUGGAGCCUCCAGGUGUUGGCAGCCAAUGACAUCUCUCUGUGAUGAGCGUGACCUGAACAGGACUGUGGAUUGGUCCGACCGAGUCAUUGACACCCCUAGACCCUCCCCCUCCUCUUACCCCUGACAUGAAGGCCGUGGCUCAUUGGUCGAGCAAGGAGGUUGUCCAAUGGCUGAGCGACGAGGGCAUGCAGGAGUACACAGACGCGCUGCGCCUCCUGGAUGGGCGGGGCUUGCUCCAGCUGUCUCGCGCCGACUUCCUGUCCCCGCCCCUCUCCCUGGUGACGUCAGACGGAGGGAAGCAGCUCGUGGACAGGGUGGAGACCCUCCGCAUCGAGCACCACAUCCAUUCGCACAAGAACGGCCACGCCAACGGCCACGCCCACCAACACACGCCCCUCGCCCCGGGCGCCGGGCAGGCUAGCCCCGACGACGGCAAGCCGCAGCGGAACGGCGCGGUCAACGGCUUCCACAAGGGCCACGUCCUGAUCCAGAUCCCGGCGGCGGGCGAGGCCACGCGCUCGCAGCUGCCCAGCGAGUGGGGGAAGACGGGCGUGGCGUUCGUGUACGCCAUGAUCUGCUUCGUGUCCACCACGGUGAUGAUCUCGGUGGUCCACGAGCGCGUGCCCCCCAGGGAGGACAACCCGCCCCUGCCCGACAAGUUCUUCGACCUGUUCGGCCGCGUGGAGUGGGCCUUCACCAUCUGCGAGGUCAACGGCAUGGUGCUGGUGGGCCUGUGGCUGUUGCAGCUGCUCUUGCUCAAGUACAGGUCCAUCGUAGGCCGCAGGUUCUUCUUCAUCGUGGGCACCCUCUACCUCUACAGGUGUGUCACCAUGUACAUCACCACCCUGCCUGUGCCUGGCAUGCACUUCAAGUGCUCCCCCAAGCUGUUUGGAGAUAGGUUGUCCCAGAUGCGGAGGGUGAUGCAGAUGAUAGCAGGAGGAGGCCUGACCAUCACAGGGUCUCACCACAUGUGUGGAGACUAUCUCUACAGCGGUCACACCGUUAUGCUCACGCUCACCUACCUCUUUAUCCGGGAGUACUCUCCCAAGAGGUUCUGGUGGUACCACUGGAUCUGCUGGGCCCUGUGUGCCGUGGGGCUGUUCUGCAUCUUGCUGGCCCACGACCAUUAUUCCAUAGACGUGGUGGUGGCCUACUACAUCACCACCCGCCUCUUCUGGUGGUACCACACCAUGGCCAACCAGCAGGUUCUGAAGGAGGCGUCGCAGAGCAACUUCCUGGCCAGGGUGUGGUGGUACCGCUUCUUCCUGUACCUGGAGCUCAACGUCCACUGCAUCGUGCCGCGGAACUACCAGCUGCCGUGGUCGUGGCGACAUGCCCACAGGAGCCAGGCCAAGUACAGCAGGCUGGAGACCGAGUGCCCGUGACGGGCAGACAUGCGGAGGAAUGGAUGGAGGGAUGGAUUCUGACAUGUUGACGGAAGGAUGGAAAAUAUUUCCUGAAUGACUGACAAACGAGGGCUGACCCGGUGAAAGGGGCUGGGGCCCCUGAGAACUCUCUCCCCCCUCCCCUAAAGUGCCACAAGAACAUCCCCUUUCUAUCUAUCCAUCUCUGGAUGGACCCUGCACUCUGGUCCGUCUCCCUUUAAGGUCCCCCUGAAACACAGGCCCUGGUGCCUGGCCAGCAAGGGACCCUGGUGGCAUCAACAGCUGCUGGACUAGUUCCCCCAUGUGAAUAUUCUCCCCAGUCUGACUCUCUCUCCAGCCAAAGCUUCGAAGUAUUUUGAGAGGAUUUCAAAUAGUAUUUGAUAUAGGUGUGACCGCGCCAGAAAAAUGUGUCCCUGUGUGUGUUUGCCAAGUUAACAAGGUGGUGUUACUGUGGCCAAGAUUAACAGCAGCAGGUUUUAGUGAGGGUGAAUGAAAAAGCCAUUUUUGGCUGUGGUCACAUGACUCCAAGUAUCUUACGUCGUCAUAACAAUUAGAAAAUGUAUUGUGCGUAAACAACAAUGUCCUAUGCCUUGUAGGUAUUUAACAUUUUUGUAAUCAUUUUCACUGAACUUGUUCACACUGCAGAGCAUUUUCUAAUCGAAAGCAUAUAACAAGUUUAUUUUUUGAACUGUAAAUGCUAAAAGAUUUUUUACAUUUGGGGUCAAAGGAGAACUGGACGGAUGAAAUGUUUCAGUGCCUUAUUGUCCUGACUGCACAGCUAUGAUGUGUGUUCCAGAAUAUUCCGGUGUGUUCUGGAAUGUUCCGUAAUGUUCUGAAAAUGUUCCUAGUUGCUUUCAGUCCUAUAUUUUUAUGGAUCUGUUUGAAAGCGUCUGUAGAUUGUUACAAAAGUAUUGCGACUUGGAAGGUAAACCGUCGAUAGAUUGUGAUAGAAUGAUGCUAACACACCCGCUGCACAUAGCACAUUUAAACCAGUCUAACUCCAUCUAUGACCCUGUUUAUGAAUGUUACUAAUAUCAUUGUUCUGAACUGAAGUAUUCUUUCCCAAUCAGCUACGUUUCGCCAUAACAUUGUCCUGAAUCAUUUCAUUCUGUGUCUCUUGUUUUAUUUAUUAUAUCGAUGCUUUCUUACAUGGUUCCCCUGUGAAGUUAAAAACCUGUGUUCUAUCUUGCCUAUGCCAAGAAACUGCAUAGUUUGAGCCUUGGACCAGUUCCAGACCGUGUCUGAGAUGGAGUCCUGUCCCCGCUGGGCCUUGUCCAGUAUCACCCUCUAGGACCUUGGCAUGACACCUGAAUAGAACUGGGGACAUGAUAGGUGCAAACAGGAGAGACAUCUCCACUUUAUUCUCUUAUAAACUGAUUGGUAUUUUGUAAUUUCGCUAAUAUCGCCAAACUUAUAUGAUGUAAUAUUCGUAAAAGUGUUUCUGUCAAUAGGGGCUUAGCUAGGGGUUGUCCAGGGUCGUCAUGUAGCCUAUGGGAGAUCAUCUGAAGAUACGUUUGCUUCCUGGUUUGAGGACUGAUCCAAUCACCUCUCUCUCUAUUGUAUACCUCAGACCUGUCCCCGGUUAAACCACCCGAUAAAAGAAAUGCUUCUUGUAACCAUGGAAGAAAUUAUACGAUUGUUGAAAAUAAAUUAUAUUCUGCAAA